AGAAUGUUGAUCUGCUCUCCAGAAAGUCUAAGGUGGGAUCUACUCAUGCUGGAGGCACACUGAGGACCUAAAGCAUAAGCAAAGAGGGAAGUAACGUUUAAAAGAGAUCACAAAACCACUUUUUCCUUUUCAUGUUAUUAAAGGGCAAACCAGAAGAACAAGAUGGAAAAUACGUUAUUUUGGUUGAUAAUGUUCAUCUCUGGAUGGACCCUCUCGGAUGGGCUUGAAACAGAAUCAGAUUUUUCCUGGCACCUGAGCAGAAUACCCCGGGUUGUGAGCGAGAGAACUGUCCAUCUCGCCAGCCCCGCGUUCCAGGCAGAUGCUGGGGUGAAGGGGACCACAGUGUGCGGCAUCGAAUGUCAGGAAGAGCUCCCGGCUCCCAGCCUUUCCCAACUCGAAGACUCCCUUUCCUAUGAGACGGUCUUUGAGAACGGCACCCGAACCUUAACGAGAGUGAAAGUUCAAGAUCUGGUCCCAGAGCCCACUCAAAACAGCAGCAUAAAAGGAUCACACCGUAGGAGAAGGAGGCAGGUGUACGGUACGGACAGCAGGUUCACCAUCUUGGACAAAAGGUUUUUGACCAAUUUCCCUUUUAAUACAGCGGUGAAGCUGUCCACUGGCUGCAGCGGCGCCUUCGUCUCCCCCAAGCACGUGCUCACGGCCGCCCACUGUGUCCACGACGGGAAGGACUAUAUCAAAGGUAGUAGAAAGCUCAGGGUGGGGGUGCUGAAGAUAAGAAACAAAGGAGGACGCAAGAAACGCAGAGGCUCCAAGAGGGGCCGGAGAGAAGCAGAGCAUGGUGGCCAAAGUCACAGUGAUCAGGAGCAUCCUCAGGAGAGUGCCACCCAAAGACAGGGAAAAGGGUCCCGGCGAGGUCCCAAGGUCACCCAAGGGAGACCCUCCUUCCAGUGGACCCGCGUCAAGAGCACCCACAUCCCCAAAGGCUGGGCGAGAGGAGAGAGUGGGGACCCGGACUUGGACUACGACUAUGCGCUCCUGGAACUGAAGCGAGCACACAAACAGCAGCAUAUGGAGCUAGGAGUGAGCCCCACCAUCAGCAAGCUGCCAGGGGGCCGGAUUCACUUCUCCGGGUUUGACAACGACAGGGAGGACCAGUUGGUGUAUCGUUUUUGCAGCGUUUCUGAGGAAUCCAAUGACCUCCUCUACCAGUACUGCGAUGCUGAGGCAGGCUCCACGGGCUCUGGGAUCUACCUGAGGCUCAAAGAGCCAGGCAAAAAAACCUGGAAGCGCAAGAUCAUCGCGGUCUACUCAGGCCACCAGUGGGUGGAUGCGCACGGGGUUCAGAAGGACUUUAACGUGGCCGUACGCAUCACUCCGCUCAAGUACGCCCAGAUUUGCCUCUGGAUCCACGGAAAUGCAGCCAACUGUACUUAUGGCUGAGGAAAACACGGAGUUCAUGCAUAUCCUGAAUCCCAGAGAAAGCCAGCUUUCCUUCAGAGAGCACUCAUAGGGUAUGCUUGUACUUGUGCCAGCGUUUUUACAGACUUCCUUUAUCAAAAUUAGGGGUUCUUCUCACAGCUAGAAUAUUUAGGUACAGAUAACGAAACUAGAUGACACUUCAGCGGCAAAUAUAUACUCUUCAUGUGGUGGUAAAAGUUUCGUCUUCGG